CUCCUCAUGCUUUACAGGUGGAGGCCUACAUCAAAGAAUAUAUCCGGCCACACUCUGUAAGACCUCUUAACGACGUUCUGUCCAUUUUCAACUAAUUCGUUAGAGCUUCUGCACAUUUCAUUUAGAGCCUCCAUUCCUCCUUUGUGUUUUUGGUCAGUAAAAUUUGUGUAAAUGCAUUGUGUAAAUGGAGAAUUCCUCGUGAACAAACUUGAUUACUAGGCCCUCAUGAUCAAAGCUCUUUAGAUUUACGUGAGGAAUUUAUCUUUAGGCCACCGCAAGUUGCCGAAAAAAUGUAAAAUCUGCUGCUGAGAUUUUCAGUGUCCAGAUGGUGACAUGCACUCUGCCUACAUUAUCAGUGUCAACUGUCAAAUAUUCGAAGGUGGGCUGAGCUGAGCUUAUUAAAGGCCAGUCACGCCUGACCCAAUUUGCUAUUUGGGUUUGGAUAGCGGAUCUGGAAAAGCUGAAGCCUGGAAAACAAUACCAACGCCCAUUUCUUCUUCAGUUCUUCUUGGAUAAACCCUAUUCUGCAGAAAGAAAUUGAUGGCGAAUAUUGCUUUAUUCCAAUGCCCCAUUUUUAAACCGUAAUGCUCCCCGAGUUUGCUGAAGAAAGAGGAACACUAUUGAUACUCUCAUCUCAGCAGGGGUUAAUUUUCCAUAACCCUACUCCAUUCCUACCAAAUCAAUCUCCAAUCGAAUACGAUCCCCACAGCCCGGUGACACUAGCAAGCCCAAAGGGGAUGAUUUUGUGACUAGGGUUUUGACGGAAAACCUUAGCCAGGUAGAACCCAGAUUCCUCGUUGGCAAUAAGAUUUGCUCCUUGAAGGAAAAAGAGGAUUUAACUAAAGGGCAAUGAGGCUAGAUGAGAGUGAAGCUCAAGCUCUUUUAAGGAAGUAUACUGGACAACGAUAUGAAAUUGACGGGCACAUGACGGUGAUCAAUCAUUUAACUCCUCUUUAAUUCUCUAGUUAUACAUGAUAUUGCUGCGUAUGAGUAUUUUAUAGAUUUAAGUACCCGAUGACUGUAAGGAUGCUAUAUUUUGAAACCCAUGGAUUCGUUUACUAUGUACCUGUGUUUUGAUAUGUAUAGCUUGGUUUUUUAUGAUAGCUAUAGACAAAAGUAUCCACAUAAGAAUUUAAUGGAACUGAAAAUGGUGAAGUUAAAUCUUAGCAUGACCAUAAUUCCUGUUAUAAGAAUUGCCUUGAUUACUUGAAUUUUAUGUAAUAUAAUUGUGUGGAAUUCAGUUAGUAUUAUCUUUGAUUUAAUAUUAAUGCUAUAUCUUUCCUUGGUAUUUUGGAAGAAUAGCUUGCAGAAUGCAGAUCAUUGUGCAUGUCGUAGGCAUUGAACAUGUUUGGCACUUGGGUGCUGGGUGCUCUGUAACUUUUUGGUUACUUUAUUAAUCUCCUAUACCACUUAAACUUGUGAUACAGUCUUGGGUGGGAAAGUACCAAAGUAUCCUCAUCUAGUGGCAACUUCCUUAUCCUGUAGAAUGAUGGUAAAGCUUGGGUGUGUGCGUUUUGGAUGGGAGUCUUCUGUUGUAAUUAAUGUUGUCUUGUUAAUUCUUAACAUUUUUUUAUUGGUUGGUGAGAUAUUUGAAGAAUCCAGAACUAUUUGAUAAGAUAGGAAUAAAACCUCCUCAUGGGGUUCUUCUGUAGGUGCCCCCAUGAUCUGGCAAGACCUUAGUUGCCAAUGCUAUAGCUGGUGAAGCAGGUGUUCCAUUCUACCAAAUGACAGGGUCAGAAUUUGUAGAAGUUUUAGUUGGUGUUGGUUCUGCUCGUUUCAGGGAUAUAUUUAAGAGAGCCAAGGCGUCAAGGGUUUUCAAGGAACCAACCGACCAUAUGUAUAAGCAGCUGCUUAGGAGUGGGAAACUACGUUGAAUCAGCUACUAAUAGAGCUUGAUGUGUUUGAUACUGGGAAAGAUGCUAGCUGCUACAAAUCUUAGAGAUUUGUUAGAUCCUGCUCAUCCCCGAACUAUACAUGAUACAUAUGGAAGGACAGUUUCUUUUCAUGCAGCUUUGCUCAAAGCAGUGAAGUGAAGGUUCUUCUCAAUCAAAAGAAGAUCAGUAGGUAGGAAAUUCACUUUAAUUGGAGCGUGUGCUUUUUAUAAAACAGGACCAAGAUCGUGAAUUUGAGCGUGUGCUUUUAACUCAUUUAACAUCAGAAACACUUUGAACACGGCGGAUGCAGCCGUGGCCUGUGUGACAUGUCAUCCGCUUAGGCUUUUCAGUUUUCAUGAUCCUAUUUCAUUGGUAGCAAAGACCGGCUUGUAGCACUGGCUACAGUAAGACUUAUCGCACCAGAGCAUAUCAUUCACGUAAUUGUAAUUUUUGGUGUAUACUAACUGUUUAUCUCAAUUUUCACAUAUAAAAAUAUAAUUGCUUCAAUGAGCAAUCGGUUACCAUAUAUGUAUAUCUUCAACAACGGCAACUAUCUAUCAUGGAAUGAUAAUUUGAAGAGAAAACAUACGUACAUACAUCAUCUUUUUCUUACUUCAAAACAUAUAUAGAUCACGAAAGUUCAAUUCCGAUUUUUUGUUCUUGCCAACCUAAUUAAUUCAUAAAUUUUCAGCUUAAAUAACCGAAGGAGUUCAUUCGGCUUCUAUUUUUUUUUCUUUCUUCAUUUAUAUCAAUUAAACUCGAAAUUUUACAGUAACCUUGUUGAAACGCAUGGAUGGUAAAUAGUAAGGUAUCAGGGAUUGACGAAGUAAGCGGGGUUUUAGAUGGUAGAAAAGUAGUUUCCGCAAGAUUUGGAUUCGGGACUGAAAUCACCCACAAACAAUAAAAAUUCCUUCCUAUCAACGCUCCCUCUCUCAUCUUUAAAAUUUACGUUUUCUACUUUUGUUUUUCUCUCUCUCUCUCUCUCCCUCUCUCUCUCCCCACAAGAAGCCGAAGCCAACCGUUGCUACAAUUUCUCGGGAAAAAAACAAAAAGGAAAAAAAAAUCUUUCCUUCAUUCUUUCUCUCUCUGAAAGAAAACCCUUUCUCUCUCUUUCUGUCUGUACGGAUCAGACAUGAAGAAACCUCGGAAUGGGCCUUCCAUUGUGUAUGUGACUUGUCGAAAUAACUGCAGCAACAGCAGGAACGAGGAAAACAAGACCAACAGAGACAGCAUCAAGAACAACAACAACAAUAACAACAACAAUAACAGCAAUAACUCCGUUACUGGCAAGAGUUUCUAUGAAUUCUCCUUGUCUGUUAUUAUCUCUCUUUGGUGCCUUGUCUUUUUGUUCUACUCCAGUCUUGGUCUCAGCCAUGUUGAAAAUGGAGGAAAUUCACAUCCUCAGAACCAAACCUCAUGUUCUCCUAGUGUUUGCCAUGAAAAGCUUUGUAAUGAUGCGUAUCCAGGUGAUAAUUGUACAAAUGGAGUGCUGCUAGAGCUUAAUAAAUCAGUAAGCUGUAACAGCUCCACUGUUUAUCAGAAGUUUGUGAAGUAUGAGUACUCUGUCCGCAAAACAAAUACACUUGAAGAAGUAAUUCUGAAAGUUUUAGGUUACACGGCUUUUCUUUGUGAUGUAAACGAACAAGACGGGCAGAAUACAAGUAAACAAAUGGAACAACCUCAUCUUAAAAGUACUUCCUCUUAUCUCAAAUUUGAUGAAUUCCGGAACAUAACAAGACAAGCAAGAGAGGGGGAUCCUCCAGGCAGACUAAUUAACAUCACUCAUCGUGUUGAAUCUGAUGGUUCAGAGUACAAUUUUGCCUCUGUGAUGAAAGGUGCAAAAGUGGUUGCACAUAACAAGGAAGCAAAAGGAGCAGACAACAUUUUGGGAAAGGAUCAUGAUAAGUAUCUAAGAAAUCCUUGUUCUGUGGAAGGAAAGUUUGUUGUGAUUGAGCUGGCAGAAGAGACUUUGGUUGAUGCUGUCAAAAUUGCUAAUUUUGAACACUAUUCUUCAAACUUCAAGGAAUUCAAGUUGUAUGGUAGUUUGAAUUAUCCAACUGAAACAUGGUCACCAUUAGGAAAGUUUGUUGCUGCAAAUGUCAAGCAAAUUCAAACCUUUAAGCUGCUGGAACCAAAAUGGCUGAGGUAUUUGAAAUUGAAUCUACUCAGUCAUUAUGGAUCAGAGUUUUACUGCACGCUGAGUGUUGUAGAGGUAUAUGGUGUUGAUGCAAUUGAGAGGAUGCUUGAAGAUCUGUUUGUGCCAUCUGAACAACAUGUUCUUACAAAAUUGGCAGACUCUAACUCAACAGGGCCUUCUGUAAAACCAGAUGUGCAUUCUCGUGAUGGUAAAAGAAAUGAUGAGGCUCAAAAUGGGGCUCAAACUGCUGCUUUAGGGGUAGAAAAUGCUGAGGAUGUUCAAAAGCUCAAUGAAACGGUGACAAAGAAUCCUGUGACAACGAAUAAGAUUCCUGAUCCUUUAACUGAAAUUAAACAACUGCCAGUUGGCAGAAUACCUGGUGACACUGUUUUGAAGAUUUUGAUGCAAAAGGUGAGGUCUCUUGAUUUGAAUUUAUCUCUUUUGGAAGAGUAUAUCAAAGAAUUGAACCAGAGAGAAGGAGAUGUUUUACCAGGGAUUGAUAAAGAGUUAUCUAGAAUUUCUCUGCUUUUGGAGAAAAGCAUAACAGAAAUAAAAGAUCUGAUGGAGUGGAAAGAGACGACGGAAAGAGAAUUUGCGGACCUUGAAUCAUGGAAAGCAGCUGUCUCUUCUAGUGUAGAUGCAUUGGUCAGAGAAAACAGCAUGUUAAGAUUAGAUGUUGAAAAGGUUGCACGCGAUCAAGCAAGUCUAGAGAGUAAAGAACUUGCUGUAUUAGCUGUAAGUCUUUUCUUUGCUUGCAUUGCUAUUCUCAAGUUGGUUUCAAGCAGAGUUGCCACAUUUUUGGGAGCCACUCAGUCGGAUAAGGUAUGCCGGACAAGCAGAGGUUGGGUUUUAAUACUUGUUAGCAGCAGUAUGACAAUAUUCAUCACCUUGCUCUCUAGCUAGUCCCUCCCUCCCUCUUUUUCUCGUCCCUUCUUUUUUCUCUAGGUGUAGAGAAUCAGGUUCUUUGAUUGUUAACGUUUAGCUUAAACCUCACUGUAACUGUAGCUUCUACAUGAGGGAAUGUGGCCAUGUAGCAUAUUGGAAUUUUGUCUCUGGUAAUUACUGCUUGUUAAUAAGAAGUUCUUCCUGAAAUCAGCAAUGUUUUAUUGAAUAGAUGGAUUGUUUUUCCUAGUUAAAAGGGCUCUUGAGUUGGUUUCAGCGAUCAGUUCAAUUCCUAAUAAAAGUAUUUACCAAAAAAAAAAAAUUUAUUGGU